UUUUCUUGCUGGGGAGUUUUACUUCUAGGUUUUUUAGUGGAGCGCCGUCGAGGGAUGGUCUACUACUUCAAGGCCAGGCCCGAGGUGGGCGACUUCACCAUCUACAUGGGGCUGGACAAGCACGAGAACGAGGACCUCAUCAAGUAUGGCUUCCCCGAGGAUAUCUGGUUUCACGUUGACAAGCUCUCCUCGGCUCAUGUCUACUUGAGGCUCCACAAAGGCCAGACCAUGGACAAUAUCAGCGCGGAGCUCCUGGAGGACUGCGCUCAGCUCGUCAAGGCAAACUCCAUCCAAGGGAACAAGAUCAACAAUCUCGACAUCGUCUACACUCCCUGGUCGAAUCUUAAAAAGUCGUCUUCCAUGGACGUCGGCCAAGUUGGAUUCCACAAUCCCAAGCUCGUCCGGACUGUCAAGGUCGAGAAGCGCGUGAAUGAAAUCGUCAACCGGCUCAACAAGACCAAAGUCGAAAGAACUCCAGACUUGAAAGCCGAGAGAGAGGUCUACAACUCCCAGGAACGAGCGGAGCGAAAGAACCAGAUGCGCGACAAGAAACGUCGCGAAGAGCUGGAGCGCGUCCAGAAGGAGAGGGAGGCGGACGUCCGGAGCUACAAAGCCCUGAUGGUGUCGGAGAAAAUGACUUCCAACAAGGAUAUUGCCGGCAAAGGCAAGUCUCUCCAGGAGAUUGAGGACGACUUUAUGUGACGAGCCUCAACCAGCCCCGGCCUGUCCAUCCUUCCUCCCUGGAGCGUUCGCACGAUAACGAUGAAAUAAGCUGGACGCUUGUUGAAGCACGUACCAUAACUCUUUAAUCUUCUAGUGAUGCCGCUCCUCGCUCGCU